AGUGAUUCAGUCGUCGCAGCUCGCAGGCUAUUUUUUUCAAGAAUUUCGCUAGUUUUCGCUAGUUUUGUCGCGAGUAAACGAUGUAAAGUGCCUUUGAAUCGUAAACUAGACGGUCCUAAGUUGAUUACAAGUGUUUUUAGUGCGAAAAUUUGUGUUACAACUGCCGAAAAUGUGAGUGCAAAGAAAGGAAAAAAAACAAGAAAAAUAAAAUGAAGCUUGUCGCAAAAAGAGAAAAAGAAGAAGAGAAAAAGGCUUCUGCGACGGAUACAAAAUCGAAAAAUACAAAAGGAAAACUACAAUUUACGCUAACAAGCAAUCCGAGAGUAAAUCAAAAAAAUAACAAGAGAAAAAUUGCUCUAGUUCAUCAUCACCACAGAGUCGUCUCUUGCUUGCUUGCUGUUAAUUUAAAUUAAUUUAAUUGUGUAUAUGUGUGUGGGAUACUACAAAUUUACUGCUUCUUCUUGAAAAGAAAAAAUAUCUUCAAUUGAUUGCAUCGCAUCGCCACACACGGAAAGGAUGGAUACCACAAAGAACGCAUUUCCCGAGAGGCAAUCAAGCCAAGAUUCGGCCAACAGUAAUGACGUUGUUCCUGCUGUGCUCAAUGGUGCUCAAUUGCGACGUCCCCAGACUCUCACGACAUCGGAUCAACACGGCAAAGUCCAUGCAAAUACAAUCGAGUUGACGAUCCACAAAGAUUCCAGCGGCUACGGCAUGAAAGUGUCAGGCGACAAUCCCGUUUUUGUGGAAAGUGUCAAACCCGCGUUGGCAGCACAACGUGCCGGAUUGAUGGCGGGCGAUAUGAUUUUGCGUGUUAAUGGGACGCCUGUGAGAUAUUCGUCCCACGUCGAAGUCGUAAAACUGAUAAAGGCAUCGGAAAUUGUCCAUUUGACAAUUCAACGAAGUCACACGCACCAACAGCAACACCUCCUUUCACAAACGCCUCGACCAAUGUCUACUUCCAUUACAAAUAGUCCUUCCACACCUGUAGCUCAAAGAAGCAGUAUUACAGCACCUUUACCUGUUGAUCUUGCAAAACGAAAAGAAAUGGAAUUCUCAAAGAUGCAAACGCUCCGUCUCAUGCUGGAUGAGGAAAAGAAAAAUCUCGAAGCCUUAGUACUGGCCAACAAGAAUCAACAGUCACCUGAAAUUGCCAGAGCUCAAACCACAAUCCGGACACUGCAGGAACAGUUGAAUCAAGUGUGUGGCGAGGAUCCUACAUUAUCAUUUUUGGUGCCAGCAACGGGAACGCCUCUGUUCCAAAUGACUCCCAAUCAAAAUUCCUUUACGCCGCACUUUUUAUCGCGUUUUCCACGUUCCUUAUCGUCGCUGAGUCUCGGCACAAAGAAGAAGCCCACGGACAAAGGUGUGACAUCUCCAUCAUCGGGCCCUUUGCCAGCACCCCAAGAAGCCGCACAAACACCCGUUAGCAAUGGCGCCACAAGCCAAACACGGAAUCACGCGACCAAAAGUAACUCCAGUGUCUCGCACAGCAGCAAGAAGAAACACAGUCGCACCGAAUCCAAGUCAAAAGCCGACACAUCGCAACCGCCUCCGUUGCCGGAACGCAAUAAUGUCGCCAAUAUGCGAAAAUCGCUGCCCACAAGUCCCGAAAAUCAAAGUCCCAAUCACGUGGCGAGUCGCAGCUCGAAAUCUUCGGGUGACAAUAAAAAAGUCUCUGACUUGGAUGCAUCGAUCACGAGUCACACGAGCAGCAAAACGGCCCAAGGAGCUGUCCAAAAGGCGCAUAACGUAUCGUUGCCCGUAGAUGGCGUCACUGGUGCAAGCAGGAAACGCAGCAAAGGCAAAAAGGCACAUUCCGAUCCGAAAAUCAGUACACAAGCAUUUUUGCAAAUGGAAAUCCGUAGCAUGAGUGAUGGUUCGGAACCGCCUCCUUUACCGCCGCGACAACCAAGUCUCGCUGAACCGGUGCAAAAUUUGGGCAACUCGACGACAUCCAGCAGCGGACUCGAUCAGAAUGGUCGAUGUCUUCCCAACAGUAUUAACACUUGCAUGAAUUAUCCGCUUGUUGCUACGUGCACGCCAGUCAGAGACAAUUUCGCAGCUUUUCCGAUGUCACAUCGUCCGAAUAUCGUGCAACAGCUGCAACUACAUCAGCAACAUAACAAAUCGACUAAUCCUCAGCAAUUUCAGCAGUCCCGCAAUCGUCGUAUCAUAACGUCUCCCGAUCACACAGACUCAAAACGCUUAUCAAAAGAGCCAAGUACUGAUAGUUCGUCAAAACACUCGCCCGGCUCCGCGACAACAGAUGAUCGUAGCAAGAUCGAAGAUACGCCCCCGGGCACUCCGCCGCCUCCUUAUUUGUCGCAAUCCAUGACGAAUGCGUCUUCCAUGAGUGGCCAAUGCAUCACGGAUCUCGGAUUUAAUUCGCCGAUGUCGCAUCCAAGCAGUCCGACGUUCAUGAAUAACUCGACGGACAGCAAUUUGGCACAAGGAACGCAAUUUGCCCAAAAACCGAACAUUAUUUCGAUGGAGGAUGACGAAACUUCCGAUCAGGAAACGUACAUUGAGGAGCAUGGACCAUUUGAUUCGAUCAAGCAGCUGUUUGACAUUCAAAAUCAGUCGUAUUUGGCGGUUUUUCUCAAUUAUGUCUUGUCUAAUUCGGAUCCUUCGCCGUUGUUGUUCUACCUGAUAACGGGAUUGUAUAAAGAGGGCAACGUUAAGGAAAUGCGGAAGUGGGCUUAUGAGAUUCAUUCGACGUUUCUCGUUCCAAGAGCGCCCCUUUUAUGGCCCAACGUUGACGAAACAAUGGCUCGCGAAGUCGAUGGCGUGCUGCAAACGGACUACGACAAGCCAGAAUGCCUCCGAAAAAUCUUCUGGAAAUCACGGAUCCGCGCCAAGGAGUUCAUCUACAACCAAUUGCAGGAAUUCCAGGCGAAACGUGUUGCUGGUUUGGGCACGAUGUACGGCCCGAGCGACACUGUCUUGAGCGAAGCCAAAGGUGACAAAGCCAAAGAACAGCGAAUCGUCGAAGAAACGUUGAUACCAAAAUUGCAGCAGUAUCUCGAGGAAGUAGAGAAGGAAGCGCCGCACGAAGACCCCAAAAAAAUCGGACUUUGCUCAGCACUUUCGACAGUGUUGCUCCGCAUGUUUAUGACAAAAACGAAUCCCGGCAGCCCAAUUGACAAGGUGACGCAGUACGUGAGUCGCGAAAAAAGCUUCAAAUCGCGCAUCAUGGGCAAGCAAUCGCGCAAGACAAAUGUCCGGGGGCAUCAGUUGGUGUUGCAUCAGUAUCACGAGGUGACGCACUGCAAUCAUUGUCAGACGAUAAUAUGGGGUGUGAGUCCGCAGGGGUAUCAAUGCGAAAAUUGUGAGUUGAAUAUUCAUCGUGCCUGUUCGAAAAUGCUCGAAGAAACGUGUCCCGGUCCAGUUUCGAGGAAAACGGGCGAGGGAAAAAUCAGCAAAAUUAUUGAAAAAAUUCGAACGACACAUCAUUCCAGUCAAAACGAUCGUGGUCGACGACACGAAGAAGACGGCGAAGGCGGAGACACCUUCGAUGUAGAUCGUCCUCCAACGACAUGCGUUUCUAUCAUGCGAAAUCCCUCAGAUCGGAGAUCUGGCGAAUCUGUGAAUAACGUUACCUUUGCACCAAACACCGCAGAAUCACGGGAUUCGAUGAAUUCGUCAGCCAUCGGUGCCACGGCGCUAUUUCACGAAGAAGAGCGUAAACACAGCGGGCGACGAGAUAGUUGCAAAUCCAAAUCGGCACCUGUUUCUGUGAGUCGCUCCGAGUCUUACAAAGAACGUUCGCACAGGAAAAAUCGUGAAAAACGAAAGACUUCUGAUCCUAGUCUGGGCAAAGAUAUUGAUGAAAGUGUGGAGCCACAAUUCAAUAGUUUCAAAAGUCAACAAAAAAUGGAAGGAAGCUCCAAUUCUAGUCUCUCAUCCACGGUCGAAAGCCCAUCGAUAUCGUGCGAGGCAAUCACGGAGGCACCCACGGCUCCAUCCUCGUCACAUCACUCGAAAACGAGCAGUUUUAGCGGGACAAGUGCACUCAGCAAGGACAUUGUCGACGACGAAUUGGGUGAUGACGAUGAACUCGAAACAGAUUGGAGUUCGAAAAUUUCCACCGAAAUUCUUGACACAAUGUCGGAUGUUGAAAAGAAAAGACAAGAAAUCAUUAAUGAAAUCUAUAUGACAGAGCGUAAUCACGUACGCACAAUAAAAAUAUUGGAGACGAUGUUCAUGCGACCGUUGCAAAAAUCAAACUUAAUAAGCGCCGAUCACUUAAAUCUCCUCUUUCCGCCGUCUAUUUUGCAGCUGCAGGAGUUGCACAGUCAAUUCGAGGCCAAAAUUAAAUUGAGACGACAAGAACACGAACAAAUUGUACGGGAAAUUGGCGAUUUACUGCUUUCGCUAUUCGACGGUGAGCAAGGCGAGGAGUUACGAAGACAUGCAGCACAAUUUUGUGCUCGACAACAAAUCGCGUUGGAUGCUUUGCGAGAUGCCCGUAAGCGAGACGAUAAGUUACAUCGAUUUUUGCAAACGCACGAGUCGCACAAGGCAUGUCGACGGUUGCAACUGAAAGAUUUGCUUCCAACGGUCUUGCAAAGACUAACAAAAUACCCACUUUUGUUCGAAAGUCUACUUAAGGCGACGAGUAAGUUGACGCCUGUUAACGAAAAGGAAGUGCAAGCGAUCUCAAUUGCCCUGGAAUCGUCCAAAAAGAUCUUGAAUCACGUGAAUCAAGAAGUGAGAAUAGCAGAAGAUCGACAUAAAUUGCAGAUGAUCCAAAAACGGUUAGAUCGCAGUGCUUACGACAAGUUAUCGGACAAAGAUGCGCCGCCAGAAUUUAAGAAUAUUGAUUUGACGCAACAUAAGUUGAUACAUGAUGGACCACUGAACAUGAAAAAGAACCCGAGUAUGCAACUUUAUGGACUUUUGUUCGAAAAUAUGAUGGUUUUGCUGCAAAAACAGGACGAAAAAUACAUUUUGAAACAACAUUCGAUACCUGCUGUAGUCGGCGAAAGCAAAAGUGCUGAGGGCAGAUUCAAUCCAAUCACGAAAGUCAGUCUUAUUUUUGUGCGACAGAGUGCUGUAGAUAAAAAUACAUUCUUCCUCAUCAAUACUAGCGUGUCACAGAUGCUUGAGCUUUCUGCUCCGAGUAGUUCUGAUUGUAAAAAUUGGUUCAGACACAUUUCGGAAGCAUCAGAAGCGUACAAGCAACGACACAAAGGGAAGACUGACCAAACGGACGAGGCAAAUCUCAAUAAAUCCGCCAAAGAAGCACCCGAAGGUACGCCCGAGCCUGAUUCCAAGUCGUCCGAAGAUGCAGAUGGCAUCGAGCAAACCGGUCGAUUGGAUGACAAAACCGAGUACGAAGCAAAUCUCGAGAACAAUAAUGUGCCACAAAGUGAUUCGACGAACUCCUGUUCGACAACGAGCAAUGGCGUCGCCGACGGCGAAAGUACGAGUGAUAGUAACGACGACACGAAACAAAAUCAUCCGUCGGAAGCGUCAUACAGAGGCGCAUCUCCAUCACGACCCGAUCUCAAUAACUUUAAUUCGCGUCGUCUAACGCAACAAAGUUCGCUCAUUGCGCCCUCCGAGAUCCACGUGACACAAAAUGAAGUGCACAUUGCCGAUCGCAUUCUCAGCACGGAAGAAACCCUCAACAGGCUCGAUUCGGAGUUCCGGAGUGUGUUGCAGCGAAAACAGGAGAUUGUGUGUGAUAUGUUUAAGGUGCCUGUCGAACAUUUCCAGGCAAUUGCGGAUAUUGCGGGACAACCGGAAGCGGCGAAAGAGCCCGGAGACCUUUUAUUGGCGACUUUCGCGCAAAUUCAGACCCUCAAUGAAUUGCUGGCGGAGAACAUUUGUCAACCGCGACAAGUUAACAUGUUCCGUGAAGUGGCAGCUGUUUCAAAUAGCUUCUGUGAUAGUUGUUAUAAGGCGCGUGAAGCACUGAAUAACGAUCGAAAUAACGUGGUUUCGUCUAUGGUUUCAUCCACGAGUACGAGUGAGGCGACGGCGAUUGCUGUGCGCGCUGCUCCCAUCGAAGAUGAGGACGGCUACUGCGAAAUUGAGGAAAUACGUAAUGAAAUUAUGCAAAGUACGACAGAUGGUGACAAAACUAUCGAUACUAGUUUGCACGAGGACAGUAGUCGAAUAACGGCGUCAACAAUAUCAGAGUCAAUAAAAACUUGUAAAGGAACUUGUUACAAUCAUUUAUUGGUCGAACCUCCAUCGGCUGUUCCAUGUAAUCUGUUGGCGCCCGCACUAAAUGCCUUAUCCGUACACAUUUCACAACUAAUGCCAAUCAUUAGUCAGCGUGAAAAAGAACGAGACUUACUUCGACGGGAAAAUCAACAUUUGCGUGAAAUGUUGAGUUCAAUAAACGAGCGAGUUAUCGAAAAAGAGGAAGCUCCACAAAUCCCUGAAAAGCCAAACGUAACUGAAAAAACAGUUGAAAACACGGAUGAAACUCCAACUGAAGUGAAAAAAGACGAAGUACUCGACGAGUCCUCAUCAACGAAUGUAGCAGCAGAAGUAGCAUCAACAGAAACUACCGACAAACCUGCAGAAUCUGAUUCUCCAAAAACAGAAAAUGUCGAAAUACAAUCAGCAGAACCGUCUCCCGAACUGAAUGAAGAAAAACAACCCGAAUAAACUUACUUAGGACACUGUUUUAAUGUCUUCUUAUCAAAUUACGCAAGAAGAUCGCUUUUUAAUAUUUUUUUACUCUACCGUUAAAGAGCGUUUCGAAUUUUUUUAUUAAAAUUUUUUUAAUGUUCUUUUCUCGUGCGGUGCUUUAAAACCUAAAAAAAAGUUUAAAACAAAGCAAAAAAGUAAAAAUUAAGACUAAAAAGUCGCCUUAUAUUAAAUAUAAAUAUUAUCUAAAAUAUAAUUUAAAUUAAAAAAAAAUAUUUUAUAAUUAAUUAUUAUCAUUGUAAAGUGUAAAACCCUGUAAAUUAUUACGUUUAUCAUUAUCAUUAUUAUCUAUUUUGCUGCUAUAUGAUGUACACUAGACAUAA